AUGGCUGAACUGCCAGAGCCUGCUCAGGAUCGCGAGAGGGAUCAUUUGGAAAUGCAUCUUGUUACCUUUGCCACCCCCGCAUCCGCAACUUCCGCGGCAGUAGAUCAAAGGAAACCUAGAAAUACCCGAAACGGUCCUCGGGCAAAAAGUAUCCAGGAGCUAGCUUCCACCAUGAAGCGAUCUCAAACUAGUUAG